AUGUUAGGAUUACGUGGUCGCUCGUUAAUGGCACUACCAACGGCGGCUUCAGGUCAAUUUUCGACUUUAUAUUUCAAGUCGAUUCAAAGUAUUCAUCCAAAAACCAAUGGCAUUACUUCUCAAGCAACGCAGUUUUCUCAGCAGUUACGAUAUUCGUCUAUAAACCAAAUACUCAAAUCAAAGCAUUUUGAUCCUGUGAAAAAGCGUCCUACAAAAUCACCAGAUUUAGAACGAUGUCCGUUCAAAAAGGGUGUGAUACUACGUAUAAUGGUUUUGAAGCCAAAGAAACCAAACUCAGCUUUGAGAAAGUGUUGUAGAGUAAGAUUAACCAAUGGGAAAGUGAUAAGUGCUUUAAUCCCCGGAGAGGGCCACAAUUUGCAAGAGCAUCAUGUUGUUUUAGUUCGUGGCGGUAGAGUUCAAGAUGUGCCUGGUGUAAAGUACCAUUUGGUUAGAGGGGCCUUUGAUCUAGUCGGUGUUGCUAAUAGAAUGUCAUCGAGAAGUAAAUAUGGUGUAAAGAAACCAAAACAGUAG